AGGUCUUGUUUUGAUGGGUAAUGCGCAUGCGCAGUGUGACUGAAGCUGCGGUCCUGCAUUGCGAUUGGCUCAAUUUCAGCGAGGGCAGACCAGACUCUACUGCGCAUGCGUAAUACCACCGCAGCUAUGACGCGUGUUUAAGCCUCCUUCAAUAGGCCUUGGUGGACGGAGGUUUGGGUUAGCUUGUAGCGUUAGCUAGUUAGCUUCUGUGUAGUCCGUCUAAUCUCUAAGCUAACCGGCUACAGGACGAUGCUAACGGCUAGUUAGCUGGUUAACGAGGAGGGCGGAGCAUCCCAGCGGUCAUGAUGGAGGACACAGAGCCGGAUCUUUCCCCCGCCCCCUCUGAUCAGAACAGCCCCUGCGCCUCCAUCCCCUCCUCCCCCUCCCUCUCCCUCCCCUCCACCCCCUCGUCCUCCGGCGGCGCCCCCCAGGCCGUCACGCCCCCUCUGGGUGUGAUCAGUGAGGUCGUGGGCGAGCUCAGCCUGGUGAUCGAUGCUGAGGUGGCCGACCGGGCGUGUCAGGAGGUGCUGCAGAAGGUGAAGCUGAAUCAGGUGGACGGUGACGUCACCGACCUGCAUAACGGGACGGGGCCAGACCCGGAGCCCCCCGCAUCCCCUGCCGCCGCUCUGAGCGUCGCUGUGAAACCGUUGAAGAUCCGCGAGGAGGUGGCGGACGACCCUGAGGGCCCAGCACCCGGCUCGGUAAAGAGCGCCCGACGGCGGCAGAGACACAAUCCCUCCAAACAGUCGUGGCUGCUGCGCCUGUUCGAGUCCAAGCUGUUCGACGUUUCCAUGGCGAUCUCCUACCUGCACAACUCGAAGGAGCCCGGCGUCCAGGCGUACAUCGGGAAUCGGCUCUUCAGCUUCCCCCACGAGGAGGUGGACUUCUACCUGCCGCAGCUGCUCAACAUGUACAUCCACAUGGACGAGGACGUUGGGGACGCCAUCAAGCCAUAUGUGGUGUACCGCUGCAGACAGAGCAUCUCCUUCAGCCUGCAGUGUGCCUGGCUGCUGGGAGCCUACUCCUCUGACAUGCACAUCUCCACCCAGCGUCACUCUCGAGGGACCAAAUUGAGGAAAAUCAUCCUGUCUGACGAACUCAAACCCGCGGGGCCUCGAGCUCGCAGAGACCCUCUGACUCUGACGCCGUUCUGUCCCUUGGCGUCCCCCGCCGCCGGCCCCGGGACCCUUGGAGGAGAGCACGGCCUGUCGCCUUCCAAACGCACACAUCAGCGCUCCAAGUCCGACGCUACAGUCAGCAUCAGUCUGAGCAGCAACCUGAAGAGGACGGCCAGCAACCCGAAGGUGGAGAGCAGCCAGGACGAGGACAGCAGCUCCAGCUCAGACAGUCUGGAGUUUAAGACUGGUCCCCCGGUGCGUCUGGCUCCUCAGAGGGAGUUCAUAAAGUCUCUGAUGGGUAUCGGUAAGCGUCUGGCCACGCUGCCCACCAAAGAGCAGAAGACUCAGCGGCUGAUCUCAGAGCUGUCGCUGCUCAACCACAAGCUGCCGGCUCGAGUCUGGCUGCCCACCGCCGCCUUCGACCACCACGUGGUCCGAGUGCCGCACACACAGGCCGUCGUCUUAAACUCCAAAGACAAGGCUCCGUACCUGAUCUAUGUGGAGGUUCUGGAGUGUGAGAACUUUGAGACGUCAAGCGUCCCUAUCCGGAUCCCGGAGAACCGGAUCAGGAGCACUCGUUCCGUGGAGAACCUGCCGGACUGCGGCAUGACAGCGGAUCAGAGAGCCGGCAGCUUCUCCACGGUGCCCAACUACGACAACGAUGACGAGGCGUGGUCGGUGGACGACAUCGGAGAGCUGCAAGUGGAGCUCCCAGAGAUCCACACCAACAGCUGUGAUAACAUCAGUCAGUUCUCAGUGGACAGUAUCACAAGUCUGGAGAGCAAAGAGCCAGUGUUCAUCGCUGCUGGAGACAUCAGGCGGCGCCUGUCGGAGCAGUUGGCUCAGGCCCCGACCACGUUUAAACGAGACCCUGAGGACCCGUCAGCUGUGGCCCUGAAGGAGCCCUGGGAGGAAAAGGUCCGGAGGAUCAGAGAAGGAUCUCCUUACGGUCACCUCCCUCACUGGAGGCUUCUGUCUGUUAUUGUGAAAUGUGGAGACGACCUGAGACAGGAGCUGCUCGCUUCCCAGGUGCUGCAGCAGCUCAAGUCUAUCUGGGAGCAGGAGCGCAACCCCCUCUGGAUAAAGCCCUAUAAGAUCCUGGUGUUGUCGUCGGACAGCGGGAUGAUUGAGCCCGUGAUGAACGCCGUAUCCCUCCACCAGGUGAAGAAACAGAGCCAGCUGUCUCUGCUGGACUACUUCCUGCAGGAACACGGCGCUCCAACCACCGAGGCCUUCCUGUCCGCUCAGAGGAACUUCGUCCAGAGCUGCGCCGGAUACAGCCUCAUCUGUUACCUGCUGCAGGUCAAAGACAGGCACAAUGGAAACAUCCUAUUGGACGCUGAAGGUCACAUCAUCCACAUCGACUUCGGCUUCAUCCUGUCCAGCUCCCCCAAAAACCUCGGCUUCGAAACGUCCGCCUUCAAACUCACCACAGAGUUUGUAGAUGUGAUGGGCGGUUCAGACGGCGACAUGUUUAACUACUACAAGAUGUUGAUGCUGCAGGGUCUGAUAGGAGCCAGGAAACACAUGGACAGGGUGCUGCAGGUAGUGGAGAUCAUGCAGCAAGGCACCCAGCUUCCCUGCUUCCACGGCUCCAGCACCCUGAGGGGUCUGAAGGAACGUUUCCACAUGAGUCUGACGGAGGAGCAGCUGCAGCUGCUGGUGGACCAGCUGGUGGACGGAUCCAUGAGGUCGCUGACUACCAAGCUGUACGACGGCUUCCAGUACCUCACCAACGGGAUCAUGUGACCCCCCCCUCUGUGUGUGUGUGUGUCUGUGUGUGUGCGUGUGUGUGCGUGCGUGGGUGUGUGUGGGUGUGUGUGUGAGCUGCCAUGAACAAAUGCACAGACUGUCUUCAGACUGAUGAUCCUCCUGUUUUAUAUCUGGACCGCAGAGACGAUGAGCCUCCCUCUGUUAGUCCUCCUCCUCCUCCUCCUUUUCUUCUUUUAUUCUCUUAUUCCAGCUUCUUUUUCUUCUUCUUCGCUCUUGAAUCUUUUUGUCUUUUCUUUGGAAGAAUUCUGUUUCUUGUUUGUCUUGUUUGGUUUCUUCUUCUCUCCUAUUUUCCAUAUUUGGGCAGACGCCCCUGAUUGGCUGCUCAGCCGGACUCUUAGCCAAUCAGAGAGCAGCCCGGUUUUUAGUUUGAACUGUGAACGCUCAGCAGGUGGACAGUUUUUACAGGUAGAAAGAGCCUGUUACCGUGGGAACUGAAGCUGAUGGAGGAUAGGUGGACCAUGGCGGUGUUUUAACUAACUGUAGAUCACUGAUCCCAGACCAGUUUGUCCUCUGACCCAUUAAAACAAACCAGUUUCAUGACUGAUCAUCAA